AUGGGCCCAAGACUUUCCCUCAAAAAGCUGUAUUUCAUCCGAGACAUGAUAGAGAGCCGAUCACUAACGACAACUCAAAUAGCUGAAGAAGCCGAAUGCAGCAAGGUUACAAUCACUAAUAUUCGCAGGAACUUGCGGCAGUUCGGAAGCCAUCAGAAGAGCCCUUUCGCCAAAUGUUGGUCUAAGAAGACGGCCCGUCAACAUGCUAAGGAGCAAAAUGCCCAUUUGCGAGAGCUUUAUCUCCAUAAUUUGUCGGAUUUUCAAUCGUAUCAUUUAAUUUACGUUGAUGAAUCUGGAUGUGACAAGAGGGCUGGAUUCAGGCGCACAGGCUGGUCACCACUCGAUAUCACAGUUCCAUCGGGAGCAGCGAUAUCAGAUACUACCUAUGCCCAGGACGGGAUCAUCCUUUCGCGUGUAUUCUGUGGCGUGACCGAUAACACUGCUUUUGAAGACUUUUUAUCUCAGCUUCUUCAUCACUGUGGACGAUGGCCCGAGCUUAAGUCCGUAGUGGUCAUGGAUAAUGCAUCGUUUCAUCAUUCAGAACGGAUCUUGCAGAUGUGUGCGGACACGGGGGUGAAAGUUGACGAAUGUGAUUAUCCGAUGUGUGACCUGAGCUUUGAGCUCAAAUAUCGCGUCCGGAAUAUAAGGGCGGUGUACUAA